CUUGAAUCCCCCCCCAAAUGAGCUCCUCUUCUUCCUGUACUUCACUCCUGUAUCGGUGAGCAAAACAACAACACAGAAGAGAUUUCUGCAACUAUAUUUGAUAACAAAGAGAUGAAGCCCAUUCCGCAAAAAAUCACAACUAUACCCCAGCUACAAGAGUGUGGAUUUGGUCAACCUUGGCCCAGACAUGGACUCCAGCUCUUGUUCUGGUUUGCUAAAGUUUGUAUUUGGGUUAGCGACAACGACGACAUGUUUCUGGCGGUUGACCCGACGAAGGAAUAUUUUGGCUUUCACCGCUUUGAGAACAGACACAUUAAACAUAAAGAGACACUUCUUCCAGAUGUGAACUUUCAGUACUACUUGCUGGGCAAUCUGAAUUCACCAGGAGCUGACAUGCUGCCGGAGUACAUCCGUGAACACAACACCGGCCAGCGAGACGGAAACACGGAUCGCAUCAUUGUCACCGAUCACAGAGAGUGGAAGUUUGGGAAAAUUUACGUGACCACACACAAAGAUAAGUGGAGUUUUGAUCCAUACGGCACAUUUCAUAUCUCCAGGAGCCUCCUGAAGACCAUCAAGUCAUUCGCGAAUCUAGACAACUUUCUGCUGACCAUUGGGUAUCACACGGCAGUUUUCCAAAUGGCUGUGUUGAGUCUUGCUGAUACAGAAUUAGCAGCGUAUCAUGAAGAUAAGGAAGAAACUUAUGAUGUUUCCACAGAUACUGAUACACCGUCUCGAAACUGUAUUUGUAGCUGUACCAUACUCUGAAAUCAUAUGGGAGGAAAAGUUGCAGAUAAAGUCUCUGAGAUGUACAGUGCAAGGUCUGAAACAAGUAGAUUAGCAGAACUAACAGUAGAACAUGUAUAUGCUUAGUAACAGAAAGAUGUGCUCAUCUACUGACUGAACUUGUCAUGAAGUAAACUUGUAACCUUGGUAUUUUUGUGCUUUCUAUUGAAUUAAACAUGCAUGUGAUUUUUGGCCGUUGAAUCGGUCUGCUACUUUCAGCAGUGAAUAAAUGCGAGUCAAAGAGAA